AUGGUUCGCGGCGCAGAGUACGACAACGGAAUUCCCCAGAGCGACAACGCCAUUGAGGCGGGCGAAACUAAGGCUCACGGCACGGGCAAUACUGAUGCCCCCAUCAACCGUGUGAACAAGGUCGCUCCUAUGCCUGAAGAAACGGGCUCACAGCGCGAAGUUCACAGUGGCGCAGGCAGUGCUGGCUCGAACAGCGGCAAGGGCGGCCACGAACCCAAGUCCAUGGGCCAGAAGAAGGGCGUUAGCGACAGGGCGUAA